UCGACCCGUUUUUCGUGAAAGUGACGGACUGGCCCUGACAUAGGUAGGACACUCCUUUACAGACUCGGGCAUUCCACACUCCGACGGGAUUCAUUUGAAUCGGGCCUGCCGCAAAAUAUGGACAGUUCUUUUGACAUCGACUCGACAAAGAAAGUUGGGAGCAAGUUAUUUUACCACUCGAGUAUUUGCGCGAAGAAGAAAAGCUUGACACAACCACCGUUGGCAUCUGCACAGCAUGAGACAGUACCCACCGCGAGCCUAAAUAUUUCUCUUCCUAACGGUGUCUCAGACGCGGGGGACUUCAACGCGCGGGUCGACGGAUUGAGCAAAAAAAGAAAAAAGGGCUGCUCUGAACCGCAGUCUGACAGUAGGCGACUGAAAGACUGUGUUGCCGCCGCCGAAACCAUGACUGACCAUGUUAGUCGAGGCAAACGACAAGGCCUGCCAUCUGCCCCUGUGGAGAAGGUGAAAUCGGGCAGUUCUUCUGGCUGUGACCAUAAAUGCUCGAAAGACUUCGCUUCCAACAACCUCUCCAAUUUUGCCGCAAGCUCGAGUUUGGACACUGCCCUACCUGGGUUGCCUCGACAUCAAGCGCCUGAUGAGUUGCUAUCUUGCACCGUAUUUGUUGGAAACCUCCCCUUGACCACUAAGCCAAAACUGCUCAAGUCUGUCUUCUCAAAGUUUGGCCCUGUUGUUUCUGUCCGUAUACGUUCUGUACCUGUAGAUUUGGAAGGUAAGAUGCCGCGUGGCAGGAAGAUCAUCACCGGUAAACUACACACCGAAAGGAAAAGUACGAAUGCCUACAUCGUGUUCAAGAAUGCAAGUUCUGUAAUGGCUGCGACGGAGUUGAACAUGCAGGAAUUUAACGGUCGUCAUAUACGCGUGGACCGGGCAACACCACCAACUUCUAAGGGAAACAGGCACGGCAGUGACUUGGCGUAUGACCACUCCCGGUGUUUAUUUCUCGGGAACCUGCCAUAUGCAGUUGACGAGGAGGAAAUUAUCCGUUUCUUCCACCGUAGCAAAGAGUAUCCAGAACUUUCGAAUUCGAUCGAGGCGGUGCGUAUCGUGCGCGAUCGGAAGACAAGCGUGGGUAAAGGAAUUGCGCUAGUACUUUUCAAAAGGUCUGGAGACUCACGUGUGGGAUUGUUGCUUGACAGGGGGAAGAUAGGAGAGCGUGAAAUACGUAUCGUGCGAGCAGGUAAGAAUACGACCGUACAUACCCCAGCGAAAAAGAAACGAUGCGGUGUUGAAAGCUCAAAUGCGCUGAGUGCGCGGGGAGAAGCCAGAACUCCGAGUAUCUGUGGAGGCGUCACACAGAGGGGAACCUCAGUGGGAGCUGUCGUAGGCUGGGAAGGGCUGCGGUCGCGGCCGAGGGGUAAGCGACGCGACGAGCCGUGCAUAGGAGACAGAAGUGAUGGCUCUAGUUCUCGGGCUGUGAAUACAGCCAUGAAGUCAACACCACGGAGUAGAAAACGGCCUGCAGUUGCAGCGCGGAAGGCAAAGUGCAGAGUACAGGCACUUGCGAACAAAGUACAGGCACUUGCGAACAAAGGAGAUUAG